AUGUCCCGCAUAGGGGGGUCGCUCAGUUCAACCAAUGCCGCAGUCAACGUGUUAAAACAUUUAUCCUCUAAAAAAGUUGGCGCUUGUGGAACAGAUAAGGCAAAUAGAAAAGGUAUGCCAAAUUUAUGCAAAAAUUUAAAAAGAGGAGAAUGCAAACUGGCAAUUACCAAAAAAUCUAAAAUUCUAGCUUUCAAGUGGAAAGAUAAAAGAGACGUAUUAAUGUUGUCUACUACACAUAAACACCAAAUGAAAAAAAUAAAUAAAAACGACAAACUACAAAUAAAACCGAACUGUAUACUUGAUUAUAAUACUAAUAUGGGAUUAGUUGACAAAACUGAUAUGACGAUGAGUUUUAAUGGCACAAUCAGAAAAUCUGUCAAGUGGUACAAAAAUUUUUUUUUUUCAUCUAUUGGAUAUAGCAAUUCUUAA